UGGCAGCACUAGUACUGAACCCAUAAUGAUGCGGCAACUGAGAUAAAUAAAUACACUUUUUCUAAUGAAAGUAACCAAUUCAUUGAAGUUGUGAGAGAAAAUCAUAUGCAUUGAUCCGUCUCGUUUAUUUAGUGCUGUGGAUAACGUGGAUGUCAUAGCCAAAUGCAAAGAAACAACGAUUUAGGAUGGUGAUGGUGUGAAGCAGAUGAAAGGUGUGUCCAGGCUCACUUCUCAGGUGUGAAACAACAUUAUGUCUGAUAUCGAGGAUGAGAUCAACUUGGAUGAUGUGAAACCAGAGCCGUCAGAGCCAUAUCUGGCAGAAGGGGCUUGUGGAGGUGACCCAUCCGGACGGCCGUUUUCCCCUCGCAGCGAUAACUUCAGUCUGGAAGUGCAGUUUGAGGAGGAGAGUUCCCGACAUCCAAGUGAAAUCAGCACCUUGUCUUAUCAGAACCUCUUGGAGGAAGGAGAGGGAAGUGGAGUUGUUUUAUCCCGCCAGGAAAGUGAAGACAGCACAGACUCCAUUCCCUCAGACUUUGUGGACUUUCCCAAGGAAGUGGCACUAAGCUGUGAUAUUAAAGACCUACCCUGUGCAAUAUCGUCAAAGUGCAAGCAGGACGCGUGUGAAGAGUUUGUGAGGAGUGAGAGACGUGAUACCAUGGUGACUAAAGAUGAAUUAGAUCGUAUUAGUAGACAGUCAGUUGCAAAAGGUGAAAGUGAAAGUAGCUUUCCUCUAAGCAGGGAGGGUAAAGCAGAAGGCUUGCAAAGUGAUAAAAUAGUAAAUAAAAGAAAUAGCUUGGAAAUUAGGAAUAACAUUCCAGUGAUGGGAGAAGUUAAGAAUUAUGAAAAAGACAUUGAUAGUAUAAUCUUUAGUGCACAGGGAGCUAAGCCCAAGAUAAGGUCUGGGAAACAGUCACCAGGCAUGGCAUGUAGAGUAGGGGAGGGGUCCAUGGGCAGUGGAAGUGAUAGGGAGGGAUCAGUAGGGAGUGGGAGGGAUACUUCAAGUGCUGAACGGGAGUUAGAAAAAUCAACACACAAUCGCUUAAACAAAACAGGGGACAAUUCAAGUAACACGAGUGAUGGCAAUCGAACUGAAGACACAAUCGAGGAGGAGGAAGUUGUUCAGUUGGUGAAAAUGGCCAACGUGAGACCCCAGUGUUUCAUACAACCCCAUGUAAAAGAAAACCUUGAGGAGGACUUGGUUAUUGAUGCUAGAAAUAUGAAGGAAAUUGAUAAUCAGGGAAAUAUUGUGAAUAGUUUAUCAUCCCCUGGUAAUGAAGUGGAAAAUGAAUAUGACUAUGUUAAGUAUGCCAGAGUUCAAGAUGGAGACUCGUAUGUUGGAAUGAGACUGGCUUAUUCUAGUGCAGAGGAGGCCAAGAAAAAUGGUAUGACUCUCAGUGGGUUCUCAAAUUCUGAUGACUUUUCAAGAGAGAAUUCACCAGAAAAAUCUCAUAGUCUACAAAACAUAGAGUAUACAAAUGCAAUACAAAAUUUAAGUGAGGACAUGUUAACAGAGAUUCCCUUAGAUUCAGCUGAUAGUCCCCAGAUAGAGGAGAAGCAGGCCUUUUCACUGUCCCCAGAAAACACUGAAUGUGAUAGUGUGGAGGUGGAAAGUAUUAUAUCUGAUGGGGAGAAAAAUGGCAUUGGAAUGCCUAUAGUAGAGGAUGGCUUAUCUAGCAGCCAGGCAAGUGACACUGAGGAAGGUAGCUCUAACCAUGUCUACAAGUCCCCAUCAGCCAUGCUGAGAUCUAGGCAGAGGGCUGAUAUAGCACAGGAGUUAGAAAACCUGGAUAGGGAGUAUGGUAUUAAAGAGAAGAGCAAACCAAAGGAGAUGGAUACCAAAGCCAUUAUGGAGGAUCUUAAAGCCAAACGGGAAGCGCUCGAUACGGCCAUAGCUGAUAUCAAGACUGCUAUUCAACAGAGCAAGACUGUGUCUCAGCCUUACAAAGAUGACCCAGACGAGGAGGAACCAGUUUGGGUAAAAAGGGAAGAGUCCAGUCAAACCAAGAAGGAGAGCUUGGAGAGUGUGAAAGAAAAAUUGUCGCGACUCCAGCAAGAGGACACAAAACUCAGGGAAGAGGAAAGGGUAUUUCAGAUGGAGAACGAAAAAGAAAAACUAUUGGAGAAUCAGUACAUCAGGAAUGAUGGGAAGAAAUAUCAGGUUCCUAGAGGUUAUGAUUCAGAUGAUGAUGAUGAGGAAGGAGUGCAAUAUACACGCAACAUUAAGGGCAAAAAAUAUGCCUCCCUCCCCCGCGACGAUUCGUUCGAUCAUGGACGCCCCCGACAGCCGGCUGUAAAUGGCUCGGGUCAUACUCAGACUCAAAGCGACGGUAGCUCAGACUCAAAUGAAUAUAACUACUCAAAGCGUAAUCGACUUAACUCUAAGUCAGACACUGAUGACUAUGGCAGUGAUGUCGAGGCACCUUCUAAAACAUCUUAUGUCAAGCAAAAGCCUGGAGAUUUUGACACAGAUGAGGAAACAGAUGUCUUGUUACAAAAACCCUAUCAAAAAGAUAGCAAAGUUGACAUACCAGAACUUACUCAACCACCUGUUAAUAGAAGUGCUCAGCAGGAAGAAAGAAGAACGAAAGCUAAAGAAGGUGAGAGUGAGUCAUCUUCCAUACAUGAUCCUGAAAAUCCAUCAGUUUUGAUUGAGGGCGUGCUGUUUCGAGCCCAGUACCUUGGCUCAACUCAGCUGAUCUCGGAAGGUCAGCCAUCCAAGGCCAUGCGGAUGAUGCAAGCUCAGGAGGCUGUCGGGAGAAUUAAGGCUCCAGAAGGUGAGAAUCAGCCCAGUACAGCAGUGGACCUGUUUGUUUCUACAGAAAAAAUCAUGGUGCUAAAUACAGACCUUCAGGAGAUAAUGAUGGACCAUUCACUGAGGACCAUCUCGUACAUAGCUGAUAUAGGGGACAUUCUUGUCAUUAUGGCCAGGAGAAGACUCUUGUCAUCACCAGGAGAAGAAUCUCUGCGAAAGAAAAAACAAGCCAAAAUUUUGUGCCAUGUCUUUGAGUCUGAAGAGGCCCAGCUAAUAGCACAGUCCAUAGGACAGGCCUUUCAAGUGGCUUAUAUGGAAUUCCUGAAAGCCAAUGGUAUAGAGGAUCCAUCGUUGAUGAAAGAAAUUGACUAUCAGGAAGUCCUAAACCAACAAGAAAUUUAUGGGGAGGAGCUCAAUUUGUUCUCUAAUAAGGAACGCCAGAAAGAGGUUAUUGUGCCAAAAAUGAAGGGAGAGAUGCUGGGUAUUGUGAUAGUGGAGUCAGGGUGGGGAUCCAUGGUGCCGACCGUGGUUCUGGCCAACAUGUACCCCUCAGGUCCGGCCGCCCGCUGUGGACAGCUAAACAUCGGGGACCAGAUCAUCUCCAUCAAUGGAAUCAGCCUGGUCGGGCUCCCUCUCUCAGCCUGUCAAAACUACAUCAAGACAAGUAAGAACCAGACAGUGGUAAAGUUAACGGUGGUUCCCUGUGCACCAGUGGUGGAGGUCCUGAUCAAGCGACCCGACGUCAAGUAUCAGCUGGGAUUCAGUGUCCAGAAUGGAGUGAUCUGCAGUUUACUGAGAGGCGGAAUAGCUGAGCGGGGAGGGGUGCGUGUGGGACACCGAAUCAUCGAGAUCAAUAAUCAAAGUGUGGUAGCUGUCCCUCAUGAAAAGAUUGUGUCCCUCCUAGCCAACUCUGUAGGGGAGAUUCACAUGAAGACAAUGCCCACCUCAAUAUAUCGACUUCUAACGGGUCAGGAAACCCCUCACUAUCAAUAGCAGUAACCCUGUAGUCAGUUCAUCUGUUCAUCUCCAUGAUAUUCCAGAUAGCACUCAGUGUGCUAAGUUAGACAUCCAGCAUUCCUCCAAAUAGUUCUACAGGUUGAGAACUGUUCCAGAAAGACUUGUGCUCUUGACCUAAACAUAGGUGAUGGUUUUAUCGAAAAGUUUUGGUUGCUUUUGAUGUGUGUACUGUGUGCUUGUUUUUCAACUCGCAUAUAAAGUUGUUUCUGGUCGCAGGCUGCAACAACUUAUGGAAGAAACAAGAAUCUCACAUUCUGUCAGAUCAUGAAUCGUGUAUCUCAAAAUGUGUUUAUAAUGUUUAAGUAUUUCUUGUGAUAUUUUGAAAUUGGCAUUGUAUGUUGCGGUGCAAUAUCACAGCAUGAUGCAGUAAUAUAUUGUCAAAACAGUGGCAUUGCUCUGUGGAAGUUGUGUUUUUAUUUAUUUUGAUUUAUGUUUUAACAUGCUGCUUUCAUUUGAAAUCCAUUCCUGUGAAUAUAGCCAUAAUUUGUAACAGUGCUCAGUGACAUUUAUGGGUUUUCUUUUUAAGAUAUAAGUUGCAACAACAUGUAAAUGUAUAAAAAGUGCUGUAACAUAAAGAUGUUUCUUGCACAUUUUGCUUUAUAAAAUUUGUAUCAACAUUUCCAUUACUAACAUUUGAAAUAUACAUAUGCAGCUUGACAAUGAAUGUGCAUUUCAUAAGCCUCAACAAAAAUGUGACUUCAUUGAAAAAUAUCAAGUAUUAUUUUCUGUUUUGGUGAGAAAUGGUUGUACAAAAGUUGUAGGAAUGUGUGUACUUCUAAAUGAGAGAGGUAUGAUACAUGUACUUCACAUAUUAAAAUUAAUAACAUAUUCAAGUAUACUUUAAUAGAUAUACAUAUAAUAGUAUUUGUUUUUCAAAAAUCAAAUCAGAGAUUUAGACACAAAGUUUCUCUAUAUAGCUAAGAGUAGAUCAGUAGUGUCAUUAAGUUAAAAUAAGAUUCACUAGUAUAUCCUAAGCUGUUAUAGAUAUACAUACUUUUAGUACAUUUUGAAGCAAGAGCUUUAAUUCUUAUGUAUCUAAUUCUGUGUAUCUUCCAGUAAUUGUUUUUAAACUAAGGGAAACUUUUUAUACUUAUGUACAAAGCAAUAAUUAAGAGUGAUAUAUGAACUGUGUAUACUACUAUAUAUCUAGUCAUCAAGAUAAUGUACGCAUCAUAAUAUGUGAUAUGGUUUUUAUGUAUAAGAGGAAUUUAUUGUGACUUGAAUGUGAGAUAAAGGGGAAAAUAAUAAAUGCUGUAAUCCUGAAGCAGAUAUGACAUUAUUGUAGACUUAAUUUUUUGAAAAUGACUGGUAUUGUUGCUUUUUAUCUAUAAUGAAGAAUUAAUUUUGAUGGAUAUUAAAGUAUUGUAUUAUAAAAACUGUAGGUACAAUUUAAAAAAUGCUAUUAAUAUUUUUAUCUUUCAAAAUAUUGGUAGUUAAUGGAUAUAUCUUUAAUGUGUAAACAUAUCAAUUAAAAAAUGCUUCUUUUAAACCUUUUUGAAAAUAGAAAAAUCUUUGCCAUAACAACAUGUACAACAAGAAUCUGUAGCCUGGAAUUUGAUAAAAAUCUUGAAAACAGAAUUUUAUAAGUCAUAAAUAUCGAUUGUAUAAGUCAUAUGGAUUUAGAAAAAAAGAACUGAUGAUAAAUUGUAAGAAAGUUGUUUGUGUGAUGUGUAUGAUAAAAUUGUUUGUGUUUUGUAUACAAAUCAAUAAAUACUUCAAGAACUUU